AUGGGUUCUUCUUCUCAAAAGAAGGUUGUAGGGUUACUUCUUGUCUUGAGUAUUUUCUUGGAAUUGAGUGCCAUCACUUUUGGUGAUGAUAAGUUUGAAGAGUCGAGGUGGGGUAAUGAUUAUGGUUGUGGACGAUUUGGUAGAAGGGGAUGUGGUGGACGCGAUCCAGGUGGUGGUAGAGGUGUUGGAGGAGGGUUUGGAGGCGGAGCUGGUGGAGGAGGAGGUCUCGGGGGAGGAGAAGGAGGUGGAGUAGGUGGUGGGGGAGGUUUUGGUGGAGGACUAGGUGGAGGUGCAGGAGGCGGAGGUGGACUAGGAGGAGGAGAAGGAGGUGGAGUAGGUAGCGGAGGAGGUCUUGGGGGAGGAGCAGGUGGUGGAGGUGGCCUAGGUGGUGGAGGAGGAGGUCUAGGUGGAGGGGCAGGAGGAAUCGGGGUUGGUAUCGGAGUAGGUGUUGGUGGUGGAGCUGGCAAAGGUGUUGGAGUAGGGAGUGGUUCCGGUAGUGAUGGUAAUGGCCGAUGA